UUGUUAUUUAUUGUGUGGCUGUGUUGCACGCUGUGCCUGCUGCAUGGGGCUGGCUGGCUGGCUUGAAAGGGAGAGAGUGAGUGAGUGAGGGAGUAAAGGGAGGGACAGACAGACUCACUCACCCGCCCGCAGUGGGGGGAGCCCCUUAGCUGGCACCACCAGGCCGUUUCCAGCGGAGCCCAAAGUUUUGCCUGCUGGAGAACACAGGAGCAACAGCAGCCUUUGGCUUAGAAUCUGGGUGCUGAUGGUGACGGUCACACAGUCGCAGUGCUUUUUCUAUCGCAUUCUGUGAACCAGUUUACUGAGCAAAUCCUGCCUCUGAGUACCCUGGAAAUGAAAAGGAGUUAAUCCCUUCCAGAACUUCCCCAGCUAUGAGUGAAAAUGCAUAAUAUCCGCAACUAAAACUGCUAACCCUUCCUGAAACAUGGCACAGUGACAGAAAAGUGAGGACAGUCAGGGUGAGAAGAUUGACCUUUUUGGUUGGCUGUAGCUGAAGAUUGCUUGACCAAAGCCGCUUAAAAGGUUUUUGAGUCAUGAUGCAAGAAUCUGGGACUGAGACAAAAAGUAACGGUUCAGCUAUUCAAAAUGGAGGGAGCACUGGUAACCAUUUACUAGAGUGCAGCCUACGGGAAGUGAGAUCAAACGGAGAGACAGCAUCAGUGGAAAUUGGUGCUGCAGAUCUAGUCCACCUUCAGCAGCAGCAGGCUCUUCAGGUAGCAAGGCAACUUCUCUUACAACAGCAGCAGCAACAGCAGCAGCAGCAACAACAACAACAACAAGUUAGUGGGCUGAAGUCUCCCAAGAGGAAUGAGAAACAGCCAGCCCUUCAGGUUCCAGUGUCAGUGGCUAUGAUGACACCUCAAGUUAUCACUCCCCAGCAAAUGCAGCAGAUCCUCCAGCAGCAAGUGCUAACUCCACAGCAACUUCAGGUCCUGCUCCAGCAGCAGCAGGCACUCAUGCUUCAGCAGCAGCAGCUUCAAGAAUUUUAUAAGAAACAACAGGAACAGUUGCAGCUACAACUUCUACAGCAACAACAUGCUGGAAAACAGCCUAAAGAGCCCCAGCAGCAACAGGUGACAUCACAGCAGUUGGCCUUUCAGCAACAGCUUUUGCAGAUGCAACAACUGCAGCAACAGCACCUCCUGUCUUUGCAACGCCAGGGUCUGCUAACGAUUCAACCUGGCCAACCUACCUUGCCAUUGCAGCCUCUUGCUCAAGGCAUGAUUCCAACCGAACUGCAGCAACUCUGGAAGGAAGUGACAGGUUCUCACACAGCAGAGGAAGCUGCAAGCAACAACCACAGCAGUUUGGACCUGUCGACAACAUGUAUCUCCUCUUCAGCCUCUUCUAAGACCUCCUUAAUAAUAAACCCUCAUGCCUCAACGAAUGGACAACUAUCAGUCCACACUCCUAAAAGAGAGAAUUUAUCCCACGAAGAGCACUCUCAUAGCCACCCACUGUAUGGGCACGGAGUAUGCAAAUGGCCAGGCUGUGAAGCAGUAUGUGAAGAUUUCCAGUCUUUUCUAAAACAUCUCAACAGUGAGCAUGCGCUGGAUGAUAGAAGUACAGCCCAAUGUAGAGUACAAAUGCAGGUUGUACAACAGUUAGAGCUGCAGCUUGCAAAAGACAAAGAGCGCCUGCAAGCUAUGAUGACUCACCUACAUGUAAAGUCCACUGAACCAAAAGCUACACCUCAGCCUCUGAAUCUUGUAUCUAGCGUCACACUUUCAAAGACUGCUUCAGAGGCGUCUCCACAGAGCUUACCUCAUACCCCCACCACCCCAACAGCACCCAUCACUCCCAUCACACAAGGACCUUCUGUCAUCACUACUACCAGCAUGCAUAACGUCGGACCUAUCCGAAGGCGGUACUCUGACAAAUACAAUGUGCCCAUCUCUUCAGCAGAUCUUGCGCAGAACCAAGAAUUCUACAAGAAUGCAGAAGUCAGGCCACCCUUUACAUAUGCAUCUUUAAUUAGGCAGGCUAUUCUUGAAUCUCCAGAAAAGCAGCUAACACUAAAUGAAAUCUACAACUGGUUCACACGAAUGUUUGCCUACUUCAGACGCAAUGCAGCAACGUGGAAGGGUGCUAUUCGCACCAACCUAUCCCUGCAUAAGUGCUUUAUCAGAGUAGAGGAUGAGUUUGGGUCCUUUUGGACUGUUGAUGAUGAAGAGUUUAAACGUGGCCGUCAUAUUCAACGAGGCCGUCCUCGAAAAUUCUGCCCUGAUGAAAACUUUGGCGAGCUUGUUACACAAAACCCUUCACUUAUUAAAAACAUGCAGACCAGCCACACCUACUGCUCACCUCUCAAUGCUGCUUUACAGGCUUCAAUGGCUGAGAACAGUAUACCUCUGUACACUACUGCUUCCAUGGGAAAUCCCACUCUGGGCAGUUUAGCCAAUGCUAUGCGGGAAGAUCUUAAUGGUGCAAUGGAGCAUGCGAACAGUAAUGGGAGUGACAGCAGUCCAGGACGUUCCCCUAUGCAAGCAAUGCACCCGGUGCAUGUCAAAGAAGAACCCUUAGAUCCAGAUGAAAAUGAAGGCCCACUAUCCUUAGUGACAACAGCUAAUCACAGCCCAGAGUUCGAUCACGACAGAGAUUAUGAAGAUGAAAAUGUAAAUGAGGACAUUGAAUGAAUAUGUCUGUGGUGUGAUCCUGCAAAUGAAGAUCACUGGGAGGGAGGAAAAAACAUAUCUUUCAAAAUUAGCUGUGAAAUCUCUCCCCAUUAUUGUAAAGUCUGGAAACACUUGGUCCAUUUUGACAGCUAUAAAGUACGUUAACUCUUAGUGCCAUCAAGUAUCCCAUUUGGGAGUAUUUUUGAUUUUUCUACUAUUUGUUGAAAAAACCCACAAAACAAAGGAAUUUGUACUUUGUGCAUUGGAUGGACUUGUUUGGUACUUGGGAUUCCCUCUCACAGUCAACAUCAGUGUUGUAAAUUUGUUCAACCAAUUCAUUUAUCCACAAUUUGGCAGCAGACUUUGGACUGCAAUUCUUCCAAUUUGGGACACUGAAGACAUCAAGCAGAGCAUGUACACAUAAUUGCAGAUCAAGCCUUUGCCCAAUUUAAGGAUUCCAAUGGACAAUAUUUGCACAGUAUCGCAUGUUGAUUAUCACUGCCUUUUCUUUUUAUCUUUCUUUUUUUGCUUCCAUUUGGGAUGGGGAAGUUGUGUGUGUGUGUGUGUGCACGUGUGCAUCUACUUGUGUGCGUGUGCACAUGUGCGUGUUUGUGUGUACUGAAGAGGGGUUAAAAGAACAUUUUCCCAAUUUUUUAGUGUACAACUUUGAUUCCUCCCCCCCCACACACACUUCUACACCAUUUUAAGUUCUGACCUCAGGCCUCAACUGGCCAGGGCCUUUUGAGGCUUAAAUGUUUUCUGUACUUUUGUGAUGAAUGUUAAUAGGUGUUUUUAUUAUACAAAGCUGAAUGUCCUUGGAAUUGUUUGUAGUUAUUUUUCUGCCAUUCAUUCCAGUUUCCUUCAGAUGCCAUAAUGUUUUCUUUAGCUAUGGAAAACAUUCCAUUUUGGGCUAUAUCCCCCCCCCCCGAAAAAGGUUCUCAAAAAGCUGCUGUAACCGUGUACAAAGAUAUCUUCCACCAGAAAGAAAGGUAAUACUGCAAGAGUGAAAACGAAAGGCAAACCAGCAUAAAACAGUGUAGGAUGCGGUGCAAAUUCAAUCCACAGAGCUGUGUACAUUGUCGUCAUCGUUUGGAUUUUUUUUUUUUUUUUUUGCAAUAGUGAAUAUGUAGUAACACAAAAUUUAACAGCACAAAAAAAACACCAUGUAGAGAUUAUUAUGUCAGAAAUGAAUAUAACAGUGUAAGGUUCUUAGCUUUUUAACAUGAGUUUCUGGGACAUGAAAUGCUUCUAAAAAAACCAAUCUGCCUAUACAUAUUUUUAGUUCACAUUUGCAGGUCAGCAAUUGUGGAGCAUUGUACGUGAUGGUAUUUCCAUGUUAAACAGUUUUAGAAUUGAUUGCUGGCAUCCAUCAGUUUGAUUAUAAGUUAGGUUUUGGAUUCAAGUCAAUAAAGCCCACUAGUCGUAAAGUGUUAGGGUUAAGAUCAUUACACAAUGCCAUACCAACCAGUAUCAAAAACACAAUUUGAAACCUGUGGGUGAAUUAGGACUGUUGCAAGUUGCGAUGUUCUUCAAAGCAAAAUGCGGGCAGACAGCUGAUGUUAAAACAUCGGUACCCCUUGGUCAUUGGACAUCUAAACAUUCAUUCUCCAACCUCUUCUCCGUAGCACACUUAUUUAUGUCGGACUAUAGCUUUUUAAUUUCAAAAGCAUUUCUGUUAUUAAUUUAUAUUCUACUUUGUACCCUUCCCCCUAAAAUUACCAAAGAUAUUACACAAAGGUAAAUUAUGUUCUCUGUUGUAUGCUUUAUCUUAUGAAGCCAAAUAUCCUCUUAUUGUUGAUCAAAGGAGGUGAAAGAAUUUAGAAGCAAAUGUCAAGAUAUGGGCUACGGCUAACCUGAGAAGGAUAACUGCUCCUUUAUUUAGAGUCUAAUUUAGAAGACCAAGUCGAUGGCUGAACCAAAGUUGUUGUUGCUGUUUUAAUUUGUGUUUCUUUACAGGGACCAAAUGUAUUUCUGUAAAGAAAGAGCUUUCUAGGCUAAAGCUAUGGAACAGUAUUAAGCAGAGGGAGCAUGCAAGGACAACAUUUCAUCUUGAGAAAGCAGGAGACUAGUCUAAAUUUCCUGCAAAACAAAGUAUGCUGAAAAGGAAACACAUAAUAUACGAAUGAGCUCUUGCAACUUAAACUGAACCAUAUAAUAGAAUUCGGUCUUGGCCUUACAAAUCUUACUCACUUUUGUUAAAAGCAAAUGCCAGGGCAAGUUCUGUUUAAUUUAGUUUAUGUGUGCACAGAAUUCUAGAAUGAUUGUGAUUAUUGUUGUGUGUGUUUUUGACCUUUGAAAUUUGGUCAGCAUCUUUCAUAUAGAAUAACACUCCUUGUCACCUUUUAAUCUUUGGUACCAUUCAAGUCAGUGGGAGAUUUGCCAUUAACUUCCACUGGAUGCAAACUGCAUUGUUUACUGACAGUGAAAUAUGUAAACACAACUGUUUUUCCUUCCCUGAUUUUUUUUAAAAUUUAUUUAAAGGAUGGCAAUCUGUGGUCAUUUGAAACAUUUUGAAACAAACCAUAUUCAGGCAGCUCCAUGGUGUGCAGAAGAUGGCCCGAUGGGAUCACACAAGCGAUCCCUGUGCUUCAAAUCUGAGUGGUUUUGCUGGUUAGCUUGGUAUUCUGAAAGGGGAUAAAAAUCUGGUAGAUUAGUUCAUUCUCAGCAUGUGUAGCUAGAUGAGUAAAGAUAACAGCAUGAGAAACUGUUAGUACGCAUACCUCAGUUCAAACUGUUAGGGAAUGAGUAAAUAAUUUUUUAAAAACUACAUUUCACUCAGUUGCACUUAGUUAUAUGUCUUGCAUGCAUAGUGUAAAGACUGUAGCAAAAUAAUAAAAAAGGAAAUUUUUAAAAAUUAGAUUACCAUAUCUUGCAGGUAUCACUGCCCUGCAGAAGAACCAAGAGAAAAAAAAUCUCGCUUUACAUCAAGCAAACUUCACUAUUUUUUACACAUUUCUGAUUGUGUCCCUUUCUAUGAUAACAAUUGUUCCUAUAGGGUGGGGUUUAUUAUGUUGUACAUAUAUAGCCCAAUGUGUCUCUGUGAUCCUUUGUCUUUUGGUGGGUGGGGGUGGGGUGGCAGGGGCAGGAAAUGGGUGGAGGGAGAAGGUCCCUUUUUUAAAUAAAAUAUUAUUCCUCAAAAGGAAUAAAUGCAUACCUGUUAAAACACCUUUUGCUUUUUGUGCAACUGCUUUAUAUUAACUAUACUUUUAAAAAUGCUUUGAAAAAAAUCCUACUGUAUGUAAUGGAAUUGCAGAAUAUGCUGCACAUAUAUUUUAUUUAGUUAUCCUUGCUUUAAGACUAUUGGAUGACACUUGCUGACAUGUGGGAGAAAAUCCCAAACUCUUUGUUUUGGUUUCGGCAGAUUUUUUUUUCCUUUUGGAUUUUAAAAUGUAACAUAGUUGACAGAUGAUCCCCACCCCCCGGUUAUGGAUCGAAUCAUUUUUGUACAGGUUUUUUUGUUGUUGCUGUUAUGCUGUUUUGUUUUUGUUUUAAAUACUUCCCCUCCCCUUCUGUUAUCCUUAUCACUGCCUAUUUCUGGCUGUCUUAUGGAAAAAAAGGAAAAAAAUGUUUUCUCCUGCUGCAGUAAAUACUUUGCAUGAUGAAUUCCAAGGUCACACUUUCAAAGUUUAUCAGUGAAGUAGUGAUUAAUAAUGGACAGUGUCAAAAUUAUUGAACUUUUGUAUAAAAAAAUACUUUACAAGGUGCCAAGAUGUAAAGACAAUUUGUUACAUGUUUUGUUUUUCUUUUCUUUUCUCUCAAAGAAAAGCGUACAUUAUGAAAGGAGUACCAUGUAUCAGGUAAACCACUGUCAGGAAUGAGAGUCAAAGCCUACCUUAUACACACACCUCUCCAUGGAACUAACUGGGCUCUCUUUCCUUCCCAUGCUGAGCAUUGGAUUGGGGCUAUCAGCUCUGAUCACCCUGCAGUGCAGGCUGGGGGGGGAAGAGUCAUCAUCCCAGGUGGACACCAAAUGUGGCAUUCUAGAUCUCUAGAGGGAGGUGAAUACCCUGCAUACAACCCCAAGGGCUGGAUGCAGCAGAUCCCAUUAUGUAACCUCUUGCAGCUACAGUAAGAGAGAUCUAUAGUCAGAAACCUGUUUUUGUGCAAAGAUCAUCCCUUCUCUGGAUCAGAACAACACAGCUGAAAUAUUUAAAACCUCCUGGAUUUCUACAUUUGACCAGAAGCAGAAGUAAGGGGUAGGGAGAGAAUCAAGGCUUAUGUUAAACAAACAAAGAGUUGAAUUCUCCUUUAGGAGAACCCAACCAUAACACCCAUGACCAGAUUCACGGGUGGGAGAAUUAAGUGAUGGGGAAGGGGUAGGAAUCUACAAAUAAUACAGAUCAUUAAAUAUUUUAUAUAUAAAUAUAUAUAAAAAUAUAUCAAAGUUUUAAAAAAAUAAUUUUGAACUAUUGUAGUUUUCAGAAUAUUGACAAGCUACAUUCCUUAUAGCAUGGAGAAUGUUUUAAACUCUUUUGGAAAGUUUUGGUAUCUUUUUGCUUAAUGUACUCGGACGGAAUUUUUAGAUGUCACAGAAAUAAUUUCUCAUUCUAAGUCUCAAACGUUACAUUUGCAGAUCUGUUCCACAUUUUUAACAAGCCCAGAGUUGGUAACAGAAUAUCUCCUUCCCAUAAGCCUUGAUGAAAAUGGUACAGUCCAGACUGUUAGCAUGGUGCUUCAUGUGUAUGUGCUGCCAGUAACAAGAAUCUCCUUUUUAUUUCAUUUUGUUUUUUGAGGCAUACAGGAACUCAUUCCUUACAUCAACUGUAAUUCCAUCAUUCCAUGUCUGUUGAUGCAGACAAUAAAAUGUUGUGUAGUCAGUACUUAUUACUGACAUUAUAGCAUUCUCUAAUGCAAUAAAAGUGCUGGUUGUUCA